UACAUGUGCACUAUCUCAGUUUGUACUGUGGCGCAAAGGCGCAGUUUGCAGCCCCCUUAAGAAGGCGGCAUCCGCAUGCGCCAAAAUGAGUUAGGCUCCAGUCUGCUUACACAUAUUGCUUUGUAAUCUGUAAGACGAGCUAGUCAUGGACCGGGACAGAGACAGGAUGGAUCGCGACCGGCGCGGGAAUCGAGGAGACAGAAUUACGCCAGUGCAGCUACUAGGGAAGGUCCGGAACCUUAAGGCCAAGAAUGCGGAGGACAAGUACGAUGUGGCGGCUUGGGACCAAGCGUGGGACGAGCUCAAAAGCAUGCCCCUGACGGAGGAGUCCCGGGCCAUCUAUGAGGAGGUAGUUUCCGCCUUUCCCACCAAGGCGGACGUGUGGUGCAAGUACGCGGAGCUGGAGCUAGGCGGCGGCAACAUGUCCGGCCUAAAGGCCAUCUUCCAGCGCUGCCUCAUGCAGGUGCCCUCGCUGGAGCUGUGGGCGCUGUACAUCAAGUUCAUCCGCCGCUCCAACAAGAGCAAGGGCCCUGAGGGCGCGGUGGAGGUGCGCAACGCGCUCAACUUCACUCUGGAGGUGACGGGGCAGGACAUCAACAGCGGCCCCUUCUGGCAGGACUGCAUCACGCACCUGCAGGGCGCCAAGCCGGGCACCCCCGAGUUCGCGGCGCUCUUCCCGCAGGCCAUGGCGGGCCAGGAGGACCAGGCGCGGCUGGCGGCGGUGCGCAAGGUGUACCAGGCGGCGGUGUGUGUGCCGCACAGCCACCUGGACGGCCUGUGGCGCGACUACCAGCGUUUUGAAAACGAGGGGCCCAACAAGCAGUUCGCCAAGAAGGUGCUGGACGAGUGGAUGCCCAAGUACCAGGCAGCCAAGGCGGUGUACAGGGAGCGGCGGAAGCGCACACAGCACCUGAGCCUGGCGCUGUGGCCGCUGCCGCUGGGCAAGGGCGGGCUGCUGCAGGACACGCAGGCGGCGCUGUGGCGCGACUACCUCACCUACGAGCGCAGCAACCCGCAGGGUCUGGACGCGGCCACGCUGCAGCAGCGCGUGAGCCUGGCUUUCGACCAGGCCCUCAUCUGCUUCCUGCACUUCCCCGAGGUCUGGCUGGACUAUGCGGACUGGCACGCCAGCUGCGGGCGGGCGGACGCCGCCGCCGCCACGCUGUCCAAGGCGCAGGUGGCGCUGCCGCAGUGCCUGCAGCUGCGCCUGCUGGCGGCGGACUUGCACGAGCGCACCGGCAACCCACAGCAGGCGGUGGCGAUUUUUGAGGGCCUGGCCCAGAACUUGGAGCAGCAGCAGGCCGUGACGCGCGGCACGCUGCCGGCGGCGGAGGCGGGGCCGCUGCUGCCCAUGACGCCGGAGCAGGGCGAGCUGGUGUGGAGCCAGUACAUGCUGCUGCUGCGGCGAGUGGAGAACGAGUACCACAGCCGCAAGAUGUUCCUGCGCGCGCGCAAGUGGCAGCAGGGCCUGGCGGCGGGCGAGUACAGCUGCUGGCGGCUGUACGCGGACGCUGCAAUGCUGGAGUGGCGGCGGGGGCGGGACGCGGGCGCGGCGCGCAACAUCUUCGAAAAGGGGCUGGAGGACCCGCGGCUGUUCCGGGAGCCGCAGUUCGUGCUCGCAUACCUCGACAUGCUCACAGGGCUGGGUGAUCUGGACAACGCGCGCGCGCUGCUGGCGCGAGUGCUGGCGGACGAGGUCAACGCACGCAGCGUCAUGCUGUGGCAGCGCUACCUGGCGUUUGAGGGCAUGGCGGGCGACCUGGCGGCGGUGCUCGAGGUGGAGCGGCAGGCGGUGGCGGCGCUACGAGGGGAGGAGGUGGAGCAGCUGCGGGCAGCGCUGCCCCUGGUCAGGCGGGACUACAACUUGCUGCGCGCACCCCAAGAGCUACGCCGCAUCCUCAGCCUGCCCGCCGGACCCGGCGACGUGUCUGCGCCCGCCACCAGCGGCCGCGGCGGCGUGGCCGGCGGCCCCGGCGCCAACAUCCGCCCGCCCUCGGAGUACACCAGCAGCGCCGGCGCUGGCGGCGCUCCCUCCGAGCCGCAGUUGCGAGACGUGGCGCCGCAGGUUUACCUGUUCAAUAAGUCCCUACCACCACCCGAGAUGGUGGAGGGCAUUGUGCCGGACGUGGACCAGGUGCUGGAUGUGCUGCUGGCGCUGGACCUGGCGCCCGCAGCGGUGAUGCAGGCGUGCUUGGACUUGGAGUCUGGCAAGACGCUGGCGCAGGGGGAGCAAGAACCCUACGGCGGCAGGUCGGAACCCGGCGGCCCGCCGUACGGCUAUGGGUACGGCUCGCCAGGCCGCGACGGCUACCCGCCGCCGCCCUACGGCGAUGGGCCCGGCCCGGGCCCCAUGGACGAGUACUUGAAGCGGCGUUACGCAAAUGACGACGACGAUGACGGCUAUGACGACGGCUACGGCGGAGGGCGCGACCUGUACCACCAGCGGUUGCGGAGACGAAUGGACGGAUGAGCUAGGCGGUGCGAGUGGUGGAGUGGUGGAAUAGUGGGGCAGGUCAAGGGCGUACACCGUUGUUCGUUGUUGUGAUGCAGACGAGUGAGGAGGAGCUCCGUGAGAGUCGCCACGAGUGGUAGUGCACGCAUGCCAUCCUGCCCAUGCAGCAGAUUUGCGCAUGGCUGCAUUGCAUGGCCGCUCGCAUGGCUGCGUGCCAUCUGUGGUGGGCAGACGUUGCGCUUACCGUGGAACACCGUGUAAGCAAGAGGGCAGCAACGGCAUCCAUUAUCCAUCCCAGAUUACCGUACGGCGCACACGAUAUAAGCACAGGAGUUGCGCACUCACAGAGGGGGUGGCAUGACUGGCAUCUGCGACGAUGAGAUGGGAGUGGACAAUGUGUCGCCGCCAGCACUCGCGCAGUGCGGCUGGCUGGCCUGUCAGCCACGGCCCACUGCACUACUAGGUAGUGGUCACUAAGCACAGGUGCAAGCUCGACUAGGGCAUCAGCCAGGGUCUGUCAGGAGCAACCGAACACCCGGCUGGUGCCCUGCUCAGAGGACGAAUACUCCCAAGCCAUGCUGCUGAAGUGAAAGGACAU